UUUAUUAAUUAUUAUUUUAACUUGGAAUGAUUAGGCUUACGUGACACAAGAUGACAACUUAAUUGGGACCCUAACAGUAAGAGAGACGAUAUCAUAUUCAGCAAGGCUGCGGUUGCCAGAUAAGAUGGCAAGGUCGGACAAAAGGGCAUUGGUUGAGAGCACGAUAGUGGCGAUGGGGCUUCAAGAUUGUGCUGACACAGUGAUAGGGAACUGGCACCUGCGUGGGAUCAGUGGUGGGGAGAAGAGAAGGGUUAGCAUUGCAUUGGAAAUAUUGAUGAGGCCUAGGUUGCUCUUCCUUGAUGAACCUACUAGUGGCUUAGACAGUGCUUCGGCUUUCUUUGUGACUCAGACACUGCGUGCAUUGGCAAGAGAUGGAAGAACAGUAAUAGCUUCCAUUCAUCAACCAAGCAGUGAAGUGUUUGAACUCUUUGAUCAAUUGUACUUGCUCUCUGGUGGCAAAACUGUUUACUUUGGCCAAGCUUCUGAGGCAUAUGAGUUCUUUGCACAAGCUGGUUUUCCAUGCCCUGCAUUGAGGAAUCCAUCAGAUCAUUUCCUUAGAUGCAUCAACUCUGACUUUGACAAAGUCAAAUCAACUCUUAAAGGGUCCAUGAAACUCAGGUUUGAGGGAAGUGAUGAUCCCUUGGAUAAGAUCACUACUGCUGAAGCUAUCAGGACUCUUAUUGAUUACUACCGCACUUCUCAGCAUUCUUAUGCUGCAAUACAGAAAGUGGAUGAGAUAUCCAAAGUUAAAGGAACAGUGCUUGACGCAGGAGGAAGCCAAGCUAGCUUCUUAAUGCAGUCUUACACUUUAACAAAGCGCUCCUUCAUCAACAUGUCUAGGGACUUUGGUUACUAUUGGCUUAGGCUUGUGAUCUACAUUGUGGUCACUAUCUGCAUUGGAACCAUUUAUUUGAACGUGGGAACAGGCUACAAUUCAAUUCUGGCUAGAGGCUCAUGUGCAUCAUUUGUGUUUGGUUUUGUCACAUUCAUGUCAAUUGGUGGAUUCCCUUCAUUUGUUGAAGACAUGAAGGUUUUCCAAAGGGAAAGACUGAAUGGGCACUAUGGUGUGACUGCAUUUGUGAUAAGCAACACAUUAUCUGCAAUGCCAUUCCUGAUAUUAAUAACUUUUCUGUCUGGAACAAUCUGUUACUUCAUGGUUAGGCUUCACCCUGGUUUUUGGCAUUACCUCUUCUUUGUGCUGUGCCUUUAUGCAAGUGUCACAGUUGUUGAGAGCUUAAUGAUGGCAAUAGCUAGCAUUGUCCCCAACUUCCUCAUGGGCAUCAUAAUUGGAGCAGGGAUUCAGGGAAUAUUCAUGCUGGUGUCUGGCUACUUUAGGCUUCCACAUGAUAUUCCAAAGCCAGUCUGGCGCUAUCCAAUGUCAUACAUCAGUUUCCAUUUUUGGGCACUACAAGGACAAUACCAGAAUGAUCUAACUGGCUUGAUAUUCGACAACCAGACGCCGGAUCUUCCAAAGAUACCGGGCGAAUACAUCCUAGAGAAUGUUUUCCAGAUUGAUGUGAACAGAUCAAAGUGGAUAGACCUAAGUGUGAUCUUCAGCAUGAUUAUAAUCUACCGCAUAAUUUUCUUCAUAAUGAUCAAGAUCAAUGAGGAUGUGACACCAUGGGUUAGAGGGUACAUUGCUAGGAGAAGGAUGCAGCAGAAGAGUGGAACUCAGAACACAACUAUUGCACCUGAUGUUCUUGCUCACUCACCAUCUCUUAGAGCUUAUGUUUCUACUCAAAGAAGAAAUGGCACUUCCAAAAGUUGAAAACAAAAAAAAAAGAGUUUGAAAUGAACAACGAAUGAAAUUCUUAUGAUUUUUAUUUAUAUACAUAUUUUUAUCUUUUAUUACAAUGUUGACAUCCCUCUUGGUUAGAAGAGGGUACUAAAAAAGCUGAAAAGAAAUUCGGUGUGUUUA